GAGGUUAAUAUUUGAAGCUGACAGUUAAUGUAAAAUAUUUAUUUUGUGUUUACCAAUGUUUACAUUCCGGAAAAACUGAUCAUUUGAUGAAUUUCAUCACUUUCCAUCCAUUAUGGGUUUACUAACUGAUCCGAACUGCGAUCAAGGAAAACUAACUAAAGCACUUCUGAAAUACUACAACGCUAUAUGUAUAUUAUUUUAUCUGGCUGGCAUAACCUGUUUCUUAGCUUUAGCUAGUCGAGAAGUUAGUAAUAACACAUAUUUCUCCGAGAAUGCACUUUUGGCAGGUCUGGUGAAGUCACAAUUUGCCGACGACCCUCUUGCAAGACUGUACUAUAAUGAACUGCAAGAUGAAAUGAAAAAAUAUGAUGAUUCCUUGCCUUACCCUUGGCUUUUAGCUAAGUUCCAACAAAUAGGAUUAGAUACCUACACGCAUAAUUUCUCACUUCAUCCAGUUUUGGGGAAAUCAAAAAAAUUUUCCGGUAAGAAUGUAUAUGGAAUUCUUAGAGCUCCUAGGGCGGCUAGUACAGAAUCUUUAAUUUUGAGUGUUCCUUAUCGCCCACCUUCUAGUCCUCAUCUCACAACAGCCCCUUCCAUUGCAAUGCUUCUGGCUUUCGCCAAUUUUGCCUCUAAGGAAAAAUAUUGGGCUAAAGAUAUCAUUUUUUUGAUUACUGAACAUGAACAGCUUGGAAUCCAAGCUUGGUUAGAAGCCUAUCAUCAAGAUAGCUGUGGAUCUGGAGUAUUGGAAAGUGGUGAUUUAGAAGGAAGAGCUGGAUCUAUUCAAGCUGCUAUCAAUUUGGAACUACACACAGUGAAGAUUGCCCAUAUUGAUAUUAAAAUUGAAGGAUUGAAUGGACAACUUCCGAACUUAGAUCUCUUCAAUUUAGUCACUAAAAUUUGUACAAAAGAAGGAGUUUUCAAUACAUUCAAAAUGAGGGAAAACAAAGAAUUCCGAAGUGCUUAUAGAGACUGGCUGUACUCGUUUAACACUUUGUUUUCAAUGGUAACAUCUCAAGCAACUGGUAUACCUGAUGGAAACCAUGGAUUGUUCCAUCGCUUUGGAAUUGAAGCUGUUACAAUUGAAGGACAUCCUUACAAUGGGAAAGGGAACAAUUGGAGAGUUGAAUAUUUGAUAGUCGGUAGAAUUUUAGAAGGAGUUUUCAGAAGCUUGAACAAUUUAUUGGAAAAAUUCCAUCAGAGCUUUUUUUUUUACCUUUUAACCUCAUCCAACAGAUAUGUAUCAAUAGGACAUUAUUUCCCAUCGAUUGCCGCAAUAGCAGGAGUUCUUUAUUUGAGAGCAUGUGCCAAGUGGUGUAAUUUACAGAAGAAGACAUCUGGAAAGAAAGAUGAUGAUGAUGAGGAAGAAUCAAAGCAGGAAGAAAUCCAAGUUCUGGAAGGUCACAAGAGAGUAAAUGAUGUGUUUUGUGAUAAAGAUAAACUGAAAAGAAUGAAAGAAUCAUUCGAUAAGGAAAUGAAAUUGGCUUGUGCUGCACCUGAAAAAGAGAAGACUCAACUGGGUGACGUUCUUCUUAUUUUCCUACUUGUCCAUUGUAUUGGAAUAUUUAUGAUGAAUUGCCCCAAGAUUUUAGUUGGAAUUGGGGAACAAUACGACCUUAAGAAAGAAACAUCUCUCUUCUAUGGAUAUAUUGUGCUAUCCUUUUUGACUUUAGCGCUUCCGAUAUUUGUGAAAUUUAAGAGAAACUCAGAAGCUAUGACUAUUUUUAAUGUUUUAGCUUUGUUAGAAUUGGGAACUCUAUUGAUAUGUGUUGGGAUGAAUAAUUUCAGCUUGGCAAUUCUCACAGGUAUACUUUAUACACCUUUCGCUCUAUUCAUCAAUAAUUCUAACUCAAAAGCAUUAUCUAUUGCCCAAAAAGUGUUCUGGUUGCUCUUGCAUCCACAAGUAGUCCUUCUUGUUGUUACAGUAAUCAAUUCGAAGUUCAUGUUUCCCAAUCAGGGUUUUGAAGAAAUAUUUAAGAGAGGUAUUGUGGCCACUCAACAAGCUCUUAUUUAUUCUAUCGUUGAUUCGAUGAUUUACGGAAAUUGGUUAUUCAAUAUUGUAACAGCAAUAUUUAUACCGAAUUGGUUAUGUUUCUGGAUUCUGACUUUCUCUCCGAAAAGAUUUGAAAGGAGUGACAGUGAAAUUGAACACGAAAAAACUGACUGAAAAUUUUUUUGUUACUGUUAAGCAGAAUUUAUAUUUCUUAUCUUGUGUGGUUCUCUAAAUGCUUUUAGUGGACACUUUGUGUGAAACACCCUGUAGUUAUGAUGUCUUUAGUAAAUAAAGAAAACCACCUAAUUAUUUA